AUGCUUUUUCUUGACAUUAGCUGUUUAUGGCCAUCAUGGAUCUCCCUGUCAUAUGUAGGAACAUGGACGUCAUUAUCGAGCAUUAGCCAAGCGACCUGGGAGGCCUUCAACACGACUCUCAGCGGACGGCUCCACGAAGGGGCUCCGAUGAUGAGCUCGUGCUACCCCUCCAUGAACAAUCCUACUGAACAGCAAGAUCCAACCCAAUGCGCCGCUGAACAAUCGCUACUACUCAACGCGAACCUCGCAUCAAACGAGUUCUCAUGGUACUCUAACUUCGUCUGGUCCGCCUGCCAAACCACUGGUGCAUCCUGCCCCAUCCCCGCGUCUCUAGCGACAAAUUCCACAUGUCAGCAGGGCAGUAUCUCUCCAAGAUAUGUAGCGGUGCAAAGUGUUGAGGACGUCCAAGCUACCCUUAACUUCACCAGAACUCAUGGACUACGACUCGUCAUCAAGAACACCGGACAUGACUAUAGAGGCCGGAGCUCGGCGCCGGACUCUCUCGCGUUGUGGAUGCAUCCUUAUCAGCCUCCCAUCCAGCUUCUCAAAGACUUUACUCCGGAGGGUUGUCCUGCUCCGACGGGCGAUGUGAUCAAGUUCGGAGCGGGGCAGCAAUUUAAGGGCAUCUAUGAUUUUGUGCAAGCCCGCGGAUACCGGGUUGUUGGGGGCGGGUGCGACAGUGUCGGGGCGGCUGGGGGAUGGAUUACAGGGGGUGGACACGGGUUGCUGGCUAACGAGCUUGGUCUCGGAGUCGAUAAUGUCCAAGAAAUCAAAGUCGUCCUUCCAAACGGAACAUACGCCACUGCAACUCGAUGCCAGAACCCGGAUCUGUUCUUCGCGCUGCGCGGAGGCGGAGGCGGCACCUUCGGCGUCGUGAUGGAGAUGAACACGCUCGUGCACCCGGACCGACCAAUGAUGGUUCUGAACGUCUCGUUGACCGGGCUGGAACCCUCCUCGUCAGCGAAGGAUAUCACAGCCUUGUUCAUCGAGCACGCGGAGCGAUGGGCCGCAGAGGGGUGGGGCGGCUUCCUGAUCCCCGGUGUCACAGAAUAUACCAUCGUGAUGGCGACGGCGUUGCUGAACUACUCAGACGCAAUGGCGUCCGUGCAGCCGGUGCUCGACCUCGCUCGCGAGAUGAAAGCCAAAGCCCCAGCUACGACCGCAACGCUCAACCGCGUCGACGGGUUCCUAGAGUUCCUGGGCCCCGUCUCGUCGAGCCCCCUCCUACUCACGUCGGAGGUGUCCACCGCCGUCUCGUCACGGAUCAUCCCGCGGACGGCGUUCCAGAACGCGACGAGUCGGGCGCAGUUGACGGACCUGAUUUACGAGCUGCUGAUCUCAAACGAUACCCUGCCGACGCCGCCCUCGCUCCGAGUGGAGAUCCUCCUCGUGGCUCCGGCUCUGUACUCGCAGACCCUCGCCGCAGAGGAUCAGGCGUCCGGGCCGGGGGCGUCGUCGGUCACGCCGGCGUGGCGCACCGGGCUAUGGCACGUCAUGCACACGCGGCUCCUGGACAGCAGGAUCACGGAUCCGGAGAUCAUACGCCAGGUCUGGCAGAGUGUGUCCCGCGCUAUGGACCCUCUGCGGGAGUUCACGCCCGGCUCCGGGGCGUAUCAGAAUGAAGGCGAUCCGUUCGAACCAGACCCUAUCGGUGCGUUCUGGGGUGAGGAGAAUUACGACCGUCUUUUGCGCAUCAAGGAGGAGGUGGAUCCCGAGAACCUGCUGACGGUGCAUCAGGGGGUCGGCUGGGAUCGGACUGAUGCGAGGUUCAAGUGCUUUCCUGAUGUGUAA